AUGGCGGCGGCAAUUAAAGCGCUCAAUGCGCGGAUACGAGCGAAUCCCGUGACCGACUACUUUUGCUCGACUCGUGAGUCUUCCCUCGAAUGCGACGGUGUCAUGUGCGAGAUAGGAGGAGAAGAGAUGGCCAUACCGAGCGCAUGGGAUGGGACAACCAGAGCGAAGCACCUGCUAACGCACUUUACCUCUACAGACUUCUGGGGCCCGGCCUCCAACUUCGGCAUCCCCAUCGCAGCCGUAAUGGACACCUCCAAAGACCCCGACAUCAUCUCCGGCCGCAUGACCGCCGCUCUCGCGGGCUACAGCGGCGUCUUCAUGCGCUACUCCAUGGCGGUGACGCCCAAAAACUACCUCCUCUUCGGCUGCCACAUCGUCAACUUCAGCGCGCAGAUGACGCAAGGGUACCGGUUCGUGGACUACUGGUACAUGGGCGGCCGGGAGAAGAGCUUGCAGGCGAAGGCGGACCAGGGGUUGGACAAGGCGGAGGGCGAGAUCAAGGAGGGCGCGGAGAAGGUUACACAGGAGGCGAAUGAUAUGGCGGGCAAGGUGGAGGGGAUGGCGGAUCAGGCGAAGGAGAAGGUGCAGCAGGCUGUUGGGAGGUGA